UGGAGUGAGAUUGUAUAGGAUUCAUUUCAUUCCUCCUCCUCCCCUUAACAGUAGUGAUAAUAGAAAGAAAAAGAGAAAAAAAAACCGCCCUUUUAUAUUAGGACAAUUCUAUAAAUGCAGGGUGAAAAUGCAUGAAAAUCGGUGUCCUUUAUGUUUGUUUAGGACAAUUAUGAUCAUAAAAGUAGCUUAUGUUUGAACAAGGCUCAAUAAAGAAAACUUCAGCAACAAUUUAAGAAGAGAAAGGACAAUACUUGAAUAUCCCAGGAAAUAACGUGGAAUCUGUUCAAAUACACAAAAAUAAACUGACAACAAAUAAGGAGCUCAAAAAAAAGAAGCUGUUACACAACUGUUUAUUCUCUUUCUCUUUCUUUCUUUCUAUUAUACAAGAUGAAGCCAGCUUCACUUCAUCCUCAACUUUACGCUAAUCUCAACGAGGAAACAUCACACAGACCAUGGAGUAUCCGCCAAGCCAACAGUAGACUACAUGCCCUUGGUCUUCAGUCAGCUUUAGAGAACGAUCUGAAUCGUAAAGUACAAGAUGACGAAAAACAAACACAACAUGGUCUUGCUAUUCCACUCUAUGAAAUGAAUUCGUCGACAGAAUCCCAAUUAAACAAUGCUCACAAUCCUUAUUUAUCAGGCAUAUCUCAGAUUCAACAGCCUAGUCGGACACCUGCUCAUAAAAGUUUGCGACACAAGACAUAUGGCUUCCAGGACCCUUUUGCAGUAGCACCUAUGGAAGCCUGGCAAGAAAUCAAAGACUACAAUUUACGAGUCAAUGGUCUACCUACACUUGACCAAAUGAUGCGUCUACAUACUUAUUCUCCACUAACACAAUCCAGCUUUGCAGCCUUUUUACGACGACGCAAAGUGCAUCAAAACCUGAAUUUCCUGAUGGAACUCGAGACACACGAUAAAUUAUGGAGAGCUUAUCUACAGAGCGUGGACAGGCAAAAUAGACAGCGAUUAUCACGUUUUUUGGAAUCUGCUGCUGAAAAAGACCAGCGAAACAUGCCACAUUCAGCCCCUUUUAUGUCUUCCUAUGUCGAGGCAUCAGAUACAGAUGAUUUAUUAGGGCCAUUACCACCACAUACACCUCGGUCACCUUAUGCUACUUAUGCUUCUCGAACAACCGACAAACCACUGAGUCGGCAUGACCUUAUACAGAAUGCGACUCGUAUUUAUCGUACCUAUUGUUCGCCUAUUAUGGAUGCUGCACAGACAAUUCAUUUACCAGACGACCAUAGACGAGCAUUAGAGACACUGAUUGAAGUCAACCAAAGACCAGAGCCUAUUGUGUUUGAUUCAGCCAGAUCUCAUGUAUUUGAGAUAUUGAAUGUGUUUUAUUAUCCGCUCUUUGUUGAUGAAGUGCUUCAUAAGAACAUAUCCCUUGUCACAUCAUGGCUCUUCUUUAUAUUAGGCAUUCUAGUGCUGACGUUGGCUUUUUCAAUAGAACUAUCCUUGAUCUUCUUAGAUGAAGGACAAUUGGCCACACGCUGGCUGCCUAUCAUUGCUUUCUUUUUUGGCUGGUCUUUAUUACUUACGAGUGUCACAGAAUUUGCUUGGUGGUUUAGUAUUUAUGGCACAAGGUAAAGUCGACUCAACACUAACAAUUGCUGAUAUAUUGAAUUAGUGAAGUGCAAUUCAUGGUCUAUGUUGAAUUACAAGAUGUGACAGUCAGAAAGAUUCAUCGUAAACGAGGUUGGCUUUGGCUAUUGACCAUUUUAUUAUUGUCUUUACUUUCGACUGUUGUUUUUGUGUUUAUUCCUUCUCAUCGACUCUAAUACUAUCCUAAUAAAACACGUGCAUGCUAGCCACU